AGUGGAAAGAGCCUCAAUUUUAAGAACAAUGUGGAAGAACUGCAGACGAUUCUAACGGAAGUGUUUGGCGAGUCAUCAGACAGCGAAGGGGAAGAACAAAAACAAUUUCUCCACGCUCAUUGUGCAGAGAAUCGGGUCACUGUAAAAGCCCAAUCCGGGUCAGUGUUUGGAGAAAGUCAUAGUUGGGAAAGUAUCACUGAAAUUAAUGGUCUUUGGCUUUGCAAAGAAUUUUUAUCUAGUGAUCAACAAUCAAUGUUGUUAUCAUCAAUCCAUCAAGAAGGAUGGUUUGCUGAGUCUUCAAGCAAUCAGGUCUUGUUGGAUCCUCAAACUUUCAGACCAUUCUUGUAUAAUACACUUAUUCCCUUUCAACUUGUUGCUUCUUAUUUCUGUACAUAUCAACUUGAGAAUUGUAGAUUCAUGUGUGAUUCAAAAACUUUCUCAUGUGUCAUUUGGCUGAAGGAUAUAUUGUCUGACUUUAAUUUCCGUAUUUAUGCCCUUGAAUUGUGUAGCAAAUCACUUUGA